AUGCCUAAUCAGAUCAAGGACAUCCACACCGUGGAUGAUACAUCCUUUCCCUACAUCUUUGAGCAAAACGCCACAGUUACCCUCAAAUCUGGGUCUGGUUUAGUCCGAUGCAACGUCUAUCGUCCUAAGGGCUCUGAUCGGGUGCCUGUUCUGGUCACCUACGGCCCAUAUGGAAAAGACAUUCACUACAAAGAUUUCCAUCCCAAGUCUUUUUCAGAGGUCAACCCUCAGCACAAGUCUGAUCAUUCAGCAUGGGAAACCCCAGAUCCAGGUUUCUGGACGACGCAUGGGUAUGCCGUUGUUCGGGCUGAUGAGAGGGGUCUCGGGCAGUCCCCUGGUCUCCUUGACACCAUGUCUAGGGGCACGAGCGAGGCGUUUUUUGACGUGGUCGAAUGGGCCGCAGAGCAGUCAUGGUCCUCAGGCAAGGUUGGCCUCUUGGGUAUUAGCUACUACGCCGGAAGCCAAUGGCGAGUAGCUGCCCGUAAGCCCAAAGGUCUAAGCGCUAUUGUGCCGUGGGAGGGAAUGUCAGACUACUACCGGGACAGAUGCCGUCACGGAGGAAUCCUUUCCAAUGGCUUUAUCAAGUUUUGGUGGAAUCGACAGGUUAUCACGAAUCAGUACGGACGUCCAGGUCGAAGCUCGCGAAACUGGGGUCCUGACACGAUUGAGGGUGAUCUACCCGAACAGGAACUCGAGGCAAACCGGCAAGACCAGACCAAGGACAACCUGGAGAAUCGCUUCCGAGACGAGCCUUACUACGCGUCCAAGGAGUAUGACAUGGGUGACAUCGAGGUGCCCUUGCUGUCUGUUGGCAACUGGGGAGGUAUUCUCCUUCACCUACGAGGCAACAUUGAAGGCUAUACUCAUGCCGGAUCAAAGUUCAAGUACCUUCGGAUGAUUACAGGCCGCCAUGAUCUUCCUUUCUACUACGAAGAAGAGGUCAAUGUUCAGCUCAGCUUCUUGGAUGCGUUUCUCAAAGGCGAUGACAGGGUCGGCUGGUCCCAAGAGGGCAAGGUUCCCCCUGUAAGUCUUGUUCUGCGCAAGGGAAAUGUCGGCUUCAACGACGCCGAGAAAGAAAAGGUGUAUCCUCGUCGUGAGGAGAAUGAAUGGCCAAUCGCGCGGACCCAGUACACAAAGCUCUUCCUUACGCCGGACCUAGGCCUUUCCUGGAACGGACCAAACAACGACCGAAAGAAGCUGUCUUAUAGAGCUCUUGGCACGCUAGAGAAACCGGAGCUUCUCCAAUUCUCGACGACUCCUUUUGAGUCAGAGACGGAGAUUACAGGACACGUUGUUGCCCAUCUCAACGUCUCGGUUACUCCAGAUCCGACGGGACCAACACCGAGCGACAUUGACCUAUUCGUCACAAUCCGCCACAUAGACCCAUCAGGACAGGAGGUCUUUUAUACGGGCACCGCGGGAGACCCUGUGCCCGUGACCAAAGGUUGGCUUAGGACAUCGCUGCGGCAGGUCGAUCAGCAGAACCACAAGCACCGCCAGUGGCUUCCCCACCGAAAUUACACCAGCAAGGAUGUCUUGCCCGUGAUACAGGGUGAGAUCUAUGCCGUGGACAUUGAGGUCUGGCCAACCAAUGUCGUGGUUGAAAAGGGUGGCAAGCUAGUUUUUGAGGUGUCAUCAGGAGAUACUCAGGGAUCGGGCAUCUUUUUGCAUGACGAUCCGACAGACAGGUCUCCGGAGACUUUCCAGGGCCUCAACAAUAUUCACUUUGGACCCCAAUUUCAGAACUACAUCACGCUGCCUAUCAUUCCAAGCUAG